CACUAACUUUACAUCCCCAGUUCAAUAGACGACCCUUUACUCACCCCCAACACUACUGUCGACAACAUCACACGGGAGUUUGCAGCAGCCCUAUCAAAAGUGACAGCAACAAACAACAUUGAUGACCAACAAUGCACACAUCAGAAGGAGGAAAAUACCAACGUUGACAUUGAUAAACCUGAUAAUAUUAACCAAACACCACCCACCACAGAUGAACGAAAGGAAUCAACUUCAAGCAACAAAAGUCACCGACCAAGUAUAGACGAGGGCAGGCAAUGGUCACAAAUGACAAAGAACACUGUAUUAAGGAUAGAUUCAUCCCCGGGACUUGAGAUCUUGUCGACUGUGAUCGUUCGUAAUUUGGACACGGGGCAAACUAUGCCACUGAGUGUCGCUGCAGAGCAGGUGUCCCAGUGUCUCAACCCCCUUGCAUUACAAAUCAUGAGUCGUACCAAGGAAUUUGCGUGUGCUGGGUCCGAUGACCCCCAACCCACUGCCCCACCCUCAUCAAGGGGAAUACCCACCCCAACCCCUGCUGAUGUUACCCCAAUUAAUUUAUCGGAAGACGACAACACCUCUAUAGCUAGCGAUGAUAUCACUAUAGGAGCUGAAGCUUCGUCAAAGAAAGGUUACAACGACAGUGGGCGAAAAAUACGAACUAAAAGUAAAAGAUUUAAACGAAUGUUGGGGAAAAGUGCAAGGAGAGUUAAAGAGGUUGCCGAAACACAAGUUGAACGUGCUGUACACAAAGUAAAACACGGUAAACACGAAACAACCAACAGUGAGUCGCUCAAUGUUUCAAGCGAUGAAGAAGUUUCAGACUCGCUCGCAAACUCCUCAGUUAAAAUAAAAGCUUCUUCCACUAAUAAAGGACCUUUCCAGUUCCAUGGUUUGAAACAAGUACAGGAUAUAGCAGUUCAUGUGGGCGCAGUAUGGAGCAUGAAGUUUAGUCACUGUGGUCGUCUCCUCGCAACAGCGGGUCAGAACAACGUGAUAUGGGUUUGGGUGUUGAAGGAUUAUUAUGCUUACUUUAAUGAGAUGAGAAGCAAGUAUAUAAGCAAAGAGCGAGGUGCUGUGUUCGCUACCCCUCCCCGCAACACCAUGGAACCCCCGACUCGUGACCCCCCCAACAUCGCAUCGGAAGAUGGAAGCUCGAGGUACGAGAGUUCGGAUCAAUUAGAUGAAGAAGAGGAAGCUCCGUUUCGAUCGCUUCCGUUCUCAUCUUAUGUCGGACACAGCGCCGAUGUUCUUGACCUUGCGUGGUCUAAGAAUUACUUUACUCUGUCUUCAUCUAUGGACAAGACUGUUCGUUUAUGGCACGUCUCACAAAAGGAAUGUUUAUGUUGCUUCCAACAUAUUGAUUUUGUUACCGCGAUAUCAUUUCAUCCAAGGGACGACAGAUACUUCCUAAGUGGUUCGUUGGACAGUAAGUUACGCUUGUGGAAUAUUCCUGAAAAGAAGGUUGCUUUGUGGAAUGAAGUUUCUCCAGAUUCCUCAUCAAAUUCAUCAGGAGGAGCGCUCAUCACAACUGUCAACUUUUGUGAGAAUGGAAAGUUUGCCGUUUGUGGAACUUAUGAUGGGAGGUGUUUGUUCUAUGAUACUGAGCACUUGAAGUAUCACACCCAGAUUCAUGUUCGUUCAUCGCGUGGUAGGAAUACAAAGGGACAUAAGAUAACUGGAAUUGAACCUUUGCCUGCCGAGCACAAGAUACUGGUGACCUCUAAUGAUUCUCGUGUCCGACUUUAUGAUUUAAGGGAUUUAUCACUGACUUGCAAAUAUAAAGGACUCACAAAUAUGAGUAGCCAAAUCAAAGCAAGCUUUAGCCAUGAUUGCAAAUACAUUGUUUGCGGUUCUGAAGAUAAAUCAGUUUAUAUUUGGAAAACAAAUGUUCCUCAAGAUGUGACAAAGUUUCGAAGAGAUAGAAAUGAUUGUUGGGAAAGUAUACGAGCUCAUGACGCCGUGGUAACUUGUGCCAUAUUUGCUCCUUACCCCCACCUAAUGGCUCGAAGUGACGACAGAACUGAAGGAAGUCGAUUGUCGUUCUCGUCAAAAUCACGCUCUUCACCGAACACAGACAGUUGCUGCAUUAUAUCAGCGGACUUUAAAGGAGUCAUAAAAAUCUUCAUGAAUUCUUAGCAUAUUUCUAUGAUUUUCGUCAAAUUUCUAUUAUUUAUCAUUAUUAUUAUGUAAUAAUCAAAAUCAAAAUACAAAA